GAUUUUAUCUUUUCAGUGCAAUCCCAGAAGACACAUACUUUUCGUCAUUGGCUGAAAGUUUCGUCAGCUUAUUUGUUUUAUUGACCACUGCAAACUUUCCUGAUGUUAUGAUGCCUUCAUACGAAAGAUCAAAAUGGUCAUCUUUGUUUUUCAUAACUUUUAUUAUAAUUCAUGUAUAUUUCUUAAUGAAUCUAAUGCUUGCUGUUGUCUAUGAAACAUUCACACGCAUUGAAAAGGAAAAAUUUCGUAAACUUCUUCUUCAUCGAAGGAAAGCUUGUCAGCAAGCUUUUCGCUUGCUUGUCACUCGAACUUCUCCCCUGCAGAUGAGUUUUAAACAUUUUCAAGGCUUGAUGAAGUAUUUUAAGUCACAAAACAGUAAGAUGGAUAACUACUUGAUGUUCAAAACACUAGAUGCAAGUAGGAAUGGUUACCUUACUUUACAUGAAUUCUUGAAUGUGUUUGAAGCAAGCCCCCUCAGUUGGAAGCCAAAAAGAAAUGAUGAGUUGUGGUUUACAUACUUAAAAGGAUUUCCUUUACAAGUGUUUACAGGUAUCAACAAGUUUGUGACAGCCUACAGUACAGACAUUUGUAUAAAUGUUAUUAUUGCUGCAAAUGGAAUUUGGCAAGUAUUAGAGGCCUCAGAAGCGUUUGGCAAACACGAGCAUCUGAUGUUAUUCAGCGAUGGAGGCUUUGCAAAUGAUGCAGUUGACAUUUAUGGAUAUGUAUCUGUUGCCUUUGUCACUUUUUACACUUUUGAAGCAUCAUUGAAAAUCAUUGGCUUGGGCUUUGCUGAGUACUUCAGUUCAAGAUGGAACUGCUAUGAUUUUGGAGUGACAUUACUUGCAAUAGGAGGUUUAAUUGCUGAGCAGUUCCAUUUCCCAUUUUCAUAUAUCACUAUUCUCAGAACAUUGAGGCUUUUAAAAUUAUUCAAACUGAAGAAACGGUAUCGAGAUGUUUUGGGUACCCUUUUUAUUAUCCUUCCAAGAUUUCUUAGCGUUGCUUUGGUGUUAGCAAUAUUAUACUAUUUCUUUGGUAUUAUUGGCAUGGAAGUAUUGUCUGGAUAUGAUCUGGUUAAUUGUUGCAAGAACACUACUGUGGAACAAUUUUACAGAUUUGAUAACGACAGUUCCUUGGAUGGAUACUAUUAUCUCAACAACUUCAAUGAUUUUAUUACUAGUCAAAUUACAUUAUUUGAGUUGAUGGUAGUGAAUAAUUGGUUCAUUAUUAUGAAUGGUUAUGCAUGCGUAGCUACAGAAUGGAGUAGGAUUUAUUUCAUGUCUUUUUAUGUUGUUACUAUGGUUGUUAUCAACAUUGUCGUUGCAUUUGUUUUAGAAGCAUUUCUCUUUAGAAUACAAUAUAAAAGAAUAUCUGGAGAUAUGGAUAAGGACACACUUGUCCGGGUUGAUAUUGGUUUGAAUGAACAAGAGAUUGAUUUUUGCAGAAGUGAUAUUUCUUUAUCCAAGUCUCAGUUGACGGCUUUUGCCAAAGAUGAGGUUUCAGAUCAAGUUGUAUAUCGAGGAACAAGAACUCGAACAAAAUUUUCAUUUUCAUUAAAAAUGUAUGCAGAUGAAGUUGUGAAAUGGCUCAGAGAAGCUGACGAAGAAGAGCGUUUGCAGAGAGAAGUGCUUCUUAGCCGGCUGCAGCAAGAGCAAAUGACUCAACAAGUGAUUUCAGAUGAAGAGUACAUGCAGCGUACAUAUACCAUAUAGGUACAAUAUAUGGCACAUGGACGCUAGAAGUGACUAUCAUCUGUACGCUAUAAUUAAGAUUCUUUCAAAUUUCAUUAUUUGUUUUGUACAUACUUAGGAAAAGACUGGAAAAUGUGCUUUCAUUUGUUUUUGUUUUUCCCUUGACAUGUUAAUACAGUGAAACACCGUCUAUUCGUUUCUGAAGGGACUGUAUGAAAAAAGCGUACAAAUGAAAAAAACGUAUAGCAGGAUACAUUAAUAUGUAUUAAACUGUGCAGGGACCAAAUUAAAAAACGUAUAAAUGAUAAAAACGUAUAAAAGAGAAACGUAUAAACGGUGCUUCACUGUACUUAUUUCAAACCUUAAUUUAUAAAAACUUAUUUAUUAAAACGUUAUCAUGUUGCGUAGAAAUACGGAUGCAGUGAUAGAUAUUUUGUCUUCUUUCAAUGAAAUUUUGAUAUUCUUUCAAUGAAAUUUGAAAGAAUUAAUAUUCUUUCAAAUUUCAUUGUUUUUUGUACAUACUUAGGAAAAGAUUGGAAAAUGUGCUUCCAUUUGUUUUUGUUUCUCCCUUGACAUGUUAAUACUUAUUUGAAACCUUAAUUUAUAAAAACAUAUUUAUUAAAACGUUAUCAUGUUGCAUAGAAAUAUGGAUGCAGUGAUAGAUAUUUUGUCUUGAUUGGUAUAAUAUUGUUGUUUUUUUUUUUCUAAUGCUUCAAAAGUAGUUCAAUCUACCUCAUCUGUGCUGGUCGCAUAUUUUUCCAUUCAAACUUGAAAAAUUAUGUGAUGUUUAGUAAAGAUUUAAAUAUUGUGUAGGUAUUUUAUUUAAAGUUUAUUGGUAAGAUUACUUCUGGUUUUAAAUCUAUGUUUAUAGCAUUUGAGUAAUGUCCCCCCUCCUUUUUUUUUUUUUUUGCAUUUUUCCCUUUUGCCCAACAAUCAAAUGUAAGAAAAUAAUUUUUAACUAAAAACUGUAAGUACUUUCGUGCUAAAAAGUAAAAAAUGUUGAAAACAGUAAAUUUACAAAAAAAUAAAUAAAUAAAUAAAUAAAAAGUGAAAACUACAAACAUGUUUUGAGGCAGUAAGAAAUCCCCUUUUCUGUGUAAAACUCCAGACAUUGCGUGGUUCUGUCAACAGAUGUGCCAUCUGUAUGUCAGGCUGGAAACUUAUUGAGCGACAUUUUACAUUAUAGUUUGCUACCAUUUCUUUUCA